UCCAAUGAGGCGAAUGAACGCUGCUGGUUGGCUGUUGAUUGCAUUCGUAUUUCGUAAUCAUCGGCUUCCGAUCGCGAAUAUCGCAUAUCAGCUCUUUCCGCAAUAAUGUAGCUUAUAUUAUGGACGCCAUCGAACGAGACGCGGCUAUAAUCGUGAAACUUCUCACGUCAGUCUUAUUCCUCGCUUCGUACGAUUCGGAGCUCUGGAUUAUAUGGUGCAAGUGACGUAACAUACACGCCUCGGCGCGACGCGAAGUUAUCUGAUUUUACUUUUGGCGGGAAUCGAGCGUACUUUACGAUUCUUGCACGGUGAAUCUACAACGUUUUUUUGUGACGCAAGGAUUUCGAUUCUCUCACGUUUGUAUCGAACCAGUAAUGUUGUAGAUAACAGCAUAUAAUCUGGUCAUUUGAUUCAUCGAUUUAGUUACACGUAUUGCGUACACGAAUCAUUCGUGCUUCCUAAACUUCGGAUACUUAAUGGGAUUAACUCGCGGUCAAAUGUGUACAACCGUCUUUUGUUUUGCGCUGUCACAAUGUUAGACGGUAAUACUACGACCAUGACGUCACACGUCUAUGUACGUACAAAAGUUACUCACAGCGGCAUUGCGGAGCUGUAGCUUGUAGUGUGAUGAUAUGGUGUUGUCUUCCUGUGCGAAUUGAUACUGUAAUAUUAUAAUCGGACUUCUGAGAAGGGCAAAACAAGAAAGUGUUUAUCCGUGCGGUUAAUAAUCCAGAAUAGUAAACGAUAUAUAUUAUCAGAUAAUUUUUGAUUAUUGGGGAGAAAAUUGAUCUGUUCGUUAUGUGACAAUGUCGAAACGCAAAUUGCAGAGUGGAGAUGACAUGCUCGUCGACGAAACAUCGCCGUCGACGCCAAUUAGUGGAAAAACAAAACGUUCGCGAAGAAUCAGCGACGUUAUCGACAGCGUUCGUAUCACCGAAUAUAUGCAGGCACCCGGGCAUUCGACACCGCAACAAAAAAUGCCAGCCCAUGUUGAUUUGGUAUCUCCGGAUCAAGGAUACGAGGGCACACCGUGUAACGAUCCCGGCAUAAUUCCAAGUUGGAUGCACAAAAGAACGGAUCACAUUGACGCAACACCCCCUGGCCCUAGCGAUGAAAAUGAAAAAGAGCAGACUGUCGUUGGAACCCCGAGUGGAAUAACAGCCAUGAUGCCAGUUAGCCGAGAGUCCGAACAGUAUAAUAUGAGUCAUGCCAAUAGGGGAACAUGCUUAAUAUUCAACCAUGAAGUAUUUGAAACAGGAUUCUCCAAGCGGGAAGGAUCCAGCAUUGAUGCCAAGCGGAUUGAAGCCACUUUCACUAAAUUAGGCUUCGACGUUGUUAUUCGUGACAAUCUUGAGCACAGUGACGUACUCGAUGAGAUAAAUAAAUUAAGUUCCGCAGACCAUACCAACAACGAUUGCGUAUGCGUAUUUUUACUGACGCAUGGGUUGAACAAUAAUUUGGUUAUGGCCAAAGACGUUGCCUACAGGGCUGACAAAAUUUGGAAACCCUUUACCGCCGAUGUUUGUCCAACGUUGGCAGGAAAACCGAAAUUAUUUUUUUAUCAGGCUUGUAGAGGGGACAAAUUGGACGGCGGUGUUAUGCUAAUGUCGCGGACCAGUAAUACCCAGACGGAUUCCGCAGUUGCCUCGUAUAAAAUUCCUACCCAUUCCGAUUUUCUGAUUGCUCACAGUUCCGUAGACGGAUUCUUUUCGUGGCGUAAUCCUGAGGAGGGGACGUGGUACAUUCAGUGUUUGUGCUCCGUCCUGGAUCAGUUUGCAGAGACGACUGAUCUGAUGAGGAUGCUGACGAUAACCGCGCGAAAAGUAGCAACCGAAUUCCAAUCUUACGACGAUAUGAAUCUGCAGAAAAACGAGCAGAAACAAGUUCCGUCGACAACGUCGAUGUUGACAAGAGACUUAUAUUUUAAACCAAAAUAAUGACGCAAAGCUUGCAUCAAUUAAUGAUCUAGCAAUUAUAAAGAAGAAAAAGAAUUGACACUUUGUUCAGCGACAAGAUACUGCAGGCGUUGAGCAUCGUUCGUGUUUUAUUAAAAUUACAAUUGUUCGUCAGUCAUUUUGGGCCCGCACUUUACACUAUAUAGGUAAUAUAGUUGUGAAAUUUGGAUUUUGUGGUUUGGCGUUGGAAAUAUGAAAUAUUUCCGACUCGGCUAUGAGGAGCAAAAACUGGAGAAAGAAUAAGUACAAACCCACCUCGCAUCAUUCAGUAAAACUUGUAUAAUCUCAGAAUAUUCAAUGUUGAACUUUACACACUUGCAUAUUUUCUUGAUUAAUGAUACCUAAGAAUUUCUUUUUUUUUUUAUACUAUAUAUUUCCAUUAUCAUACGAGUUGGUCGCUUAUAAUUCAUCCAUCCUUCCACAAUAAGACUGUUCGUUGCUCGUUACAAAAGACACAUUUGCUCACAUGUGUAUUAUCAUUUCUGACCAGUAGUUAUUAAGCUGAUUCCACCCCCUUACUAGUCGGUACGAAUAGUAAUUCAUACAUAACUUGUAUCUUCGUGUCAUUUAAGGUUCGUAUUACAAGUAAUCUUUCAUCGUAACGCUUACUUGAGAUUCGUUACUAAACUUUCUCAGUGUGGCGGAAAAAAUGGCGCCAUUUUGUAAUACACACGCGGGUACAAAAACUUGAUGAUAUUAAUUCCUGCAAGUACCAGGUCAAUCGCUACGCACGCAUUUGCUCGCCUAUCAAUGUUCCGUAAUAUUACCGUUAUUUCGCCCGUAUUCACUUUACUUUUGUUUAAUAUUUAAUAUUUAUUUUGCCGUUGUUCUUUUUUUUUUCGUUUCUUGUUUUCGGUUUUAACCUCUCUAGAACAUGCAUAACAAGGUUGCGAAAUUUGUUAUAACCAGAAAUUUAUGCACGUAUGAAAAUCAUUUGUCGCGGAACACAGCAAAAUGCGAAUUCAGUGACAUCCAAAUUCGAUCCGUGCGCUGCAAUUGAUGUGAGCAAAGCAUGACGAGCUUAAUACGCACUUUCUCUGGUGGCCAGAAGCCACUAAGCACGUGUAUUAUAAGCACCCUACAUGUAAGAAACGUAGCGAAAUGCAUAGUUAGUAUAUUUUCCUUAAUCAUAAUGGACUAAACGUUAAUAUGUUAAAUAUUUAUUCAGACGGUACAUAUGAACUAUUAAUUGUCACACUACUUAUGUAAGUAUCAUCUUCAUAGAAAGUAUCAGGAUAGUAUUAUCGUUUUUUAUUUACCAACAUUUCCGAUGAUUUUUAUCGUAGCGUUGCCGCAAUGGUAAAAAAAAAUGACAAAGUAAAUUUUUUGAAAUUUUUCAACAAAAA